AUGUCGUCGUCCACCUCGUCGCCCUCGCCGCCGUCGGACGCGUGCGCCGCGCUCGCGGCGCGCAUCGGCGUCGCGGACGCGUCGCUCCUCCGCGACGAGGGCUUCAUCGCGGACGCGUGGACGCGCGCCGAGCUUGGCGACGGCGGCGGCGCGACGUUCGACGUGGUCAAUCCCGCGACGGGGGAGACGCUCGUCUCCGUCGCGAAGCUCGGCGCCGCGGAGACGCGCGCCGCGAUCGACGCCGCGGCGGCCGCGCUCCCGUCGUGGUCGGCCACCACCGCGAUCGUCCGCGCGCAGGCGCUCCGCCGCUGGGGCGACCUCGUGAACGCGCACGCCUCGGACCUCGCGCGGAUCAUGUGCGCCGAGCAGGGCAAACCGCUCGCGGAGGCGCGCGGCGAAGUCGCGUACGCGUCGUCGUUCAUCGACUGGUUCGCGGACGAAGGGCGACGGACCUACGGCGAGGUCAUCCCGACGCACGACGCGAACGCGCGCGUCUUCGCGCUUCGGCAGCCCGUUGGCGUGUGCGCGGCGAUCACGCCGUGGAACUUCCCGCUCGCGAUGAUCACGCGGAAAGCCGCCGCGGCGCUCGCCGCGGGUUGCGUCGUCGUCGUCAAGCCCUCCGAGGAGACGCCGCUGUCCGCGCUCGCGCUCGCGGAGUUGGCGGCGCGAGCGGGUAUCCCGAGAGGGGUGUUGGGGUUCGUGAUGGGCGACGCGAACGCGAUCGGGGAGGCGAUGACGGGGUCGGAGAUCGUCCGAAAGCUGUCGUUCACCGGGAGCACGGCGGUUGGGAAAAAAUUGAUGCGGGACUGCGCGGGGACGGUGAAGCGAACGUCCAUGGAACUCGGCGGGUGCGCGCCGUUUCUCGUGUUCCAGGACGCGAACAUCGACGAGGCGGUGAAGGGGGCGAUGGGGAGCAAGUUUCGUAACGCUGGACAGACGUGCGUUUCGUCGCAGCGGUACAUCGUGCACGAAGACGUGAUCGACGAGUUCGGCGCGAAGUUCGCGGCGGCGGCGCGAAAGCUCGUCGUCGGCGACGGGUUACGAGGCAAAACCGAUCAAGGACCGCUGAUCAACGCGAGGGCGUUAGCGAAAGUGGAGGCGCACGUCGCGGACGCGCUGAGUAAGGGCGCGAAGGUGCUGUGCGGCGGCCACCGCGUCACGGAAAACGGCUGUGACAAAGGCGUUUUCUACGCCCCCACCGUGCUCGCGAACGUCCCGCGCGACGCGUCGCUCUUCCGCGAGGAAGUCUUCGGCCCGGUCGCCGCGUUGACGUCGUUCGCGGACGAAAGAGACGCGAUCGCGCUCGCGAACGACACGACCGCGGGACUCGCGGCGUACGUGUACACGAACGAUAACGCCAGGGUGUGGAGAGUCAGCGAGAAGCUCGAGUACGGCAUGGUGGGCGCGAACACGGGCGUCGUCUCCGCCGCGUCCGCGCCAUUCGGCGGGGUGAAAGAGAGCGGGACGGGGAGAGAGGGCGGGAAGCACGGGAUCGAGGAAUAUCUCGAGGUGAAACAUCUCAGCGUGGGCGGCGUGGGGAGGUAGGCGGCGGCGGUGAACGCGUUUUGAUCGCGUUGAGGUCACUAGGUGUACGUAGCUAGUCUAUCUAUCGCGCGCGCGCGUCAGCGUUCGCGUCUCCG